AUUCUUCUGUUGAAUGUUUGUUUUUUAUCUGUUUAAACCUUCUUCAUAUUUUAUAAUAUGAGGAGAAUCGUUAAAGAAGAAAUUUUAGUGUAAUUAACUUUUAAUGAUGUAUUUUAUUUGUCUUUAAAAUUCGCUAUCUUUUGCUACAAUAUUGUUUAUUGCCCUGUUUAUUGACGUUCGAGGAUAUGAAUAAUAUCUAUAGUCGUUAUUUAUCGUUAUGAUCUUCUGAACUUUUUUCAUUCAUUGGGGGUAAGUUUGGAUAGAGCUCAUUAAAUUUAUUGCAUCUUGCUGCCUAUUGCACUGAGCUUGUAUGUAAAAUAAUAUUUUCUACUCCCUGCUCUAAAGUAUCCAAUUCUACACCGAUCUAGCAUUUGGAAAUAUCAUUUUACGACGUCAGUUUCGUUUCCUACGACUGUUGGCCACAUUGGACAUUUUCGGGAUGUUACCACACGGGUUUGAGAGCAAUCGCGUGUUUUACGUGUAAAACAACGCCAAAAUAAGAGGUGCAAAAAGUUCCUAUUGGGUAUAUAUAUGAACAUGAAAAUUGACAUCGACAUUUCGUAAACCAACCAGUUUGCCAAUAUUUUUGAGACUAAGAAAGUUCAUUAUUCCAAAUAUCCGAGGUUGACGCUACGCGAUUUUUUUGUCACUAUCUCAGCGUUCAACAAUAGAGUUCGUGUCACCUACCAAAUAAAUAACUAUUAAUGUUUGUGGAUUCCAUUCGGCGUCAAAUAUUUACUUAAUUAUUUAAUCUUUUAAUUAUUGCUAUAUACAUUUUUGUUUAUAUUUAACCUUGAUCAUAUGUUUUGUUGAUAAGUAGCCUUGUAAGGCGCGUUGUUAUGGGAAUUUUACGAGAUGUAAGUUUGCGGUUAGUUUUAUUAAAAUUGUCGCGCGGAAGACAGUCCGGGACAAUCAAAAUUUUUAAUGAUUUUUGUGAGCGCGCGUCGGAAUGGAUUGGCAACCGUUCAAAGAUUGGUGGAGACUCAAAAAGUGGCGAAAAUAUAGAAGGGCGAGCGACGCCGAUUCGUUCGAGUCCGUCUGCUACUGCGACGAAUGUUUUGACGACGGUGAAAACGGGGAUUUGGAAUUAUGCGAUCCCAACAAUUCGACGCUCGACCCCCAAGAUAUGGAGAAUGGGGGAAAAGUUGUCAUUGUUGGAGUCUGCGCUAUGGAAAAGAAAACACAGAGCAAGCCGAUGAAGGAAAUAUUAACUCGAUUGCAGGAAUUCGAAUACAUUAAAGUCACGGUAUUUCCGGAAGAUGUUAUAUUACAGAAACCUGUUGAAGAAUGGCCGCCAUGCGACUGCUUAAUCUCGUUCCACUCGAAAGGUUUUCCUUUGGAUAAAGCAAUUCAAUACGCCCAACUCUACAAUCCAUACGUUAUAAAUAAUUUGCCUAAGCAGUAUGACAUUCAAGAUAGAAGAAAAGUCUAUUCUACUUUAGACGCCGAAGGAAUCGAAAUCCCCAGAUAUGCCGUAUUGGACAGAGAUAGUCCGAAUCCCAAAGAUGUCCAUUUUGUAGAUCAUGAAUUAGUCGAAUCUGAAGAUCACGUCGAAGUUAAUGGCGUUAUUUUUAACAAACCGUUUGUUGAGAAGCCAGUAUCUGCCGAAGAUCAUAAUAUUUAUAUAUAUUAUCCGACGUGCGCAGGCGGGGGCAGUCAGAGACUUUUUAGAAAGAUCGGAAGUCGUAGCAGCGUCUACUCCCCGGAAUCAAGAGUAAGAAAAACCGGCAGUUACAUCUACGAAGAUUUUAUGCCAACAGACGGUACGGAUGUAAAGGUGUAUACGGUGGGACCUGACUACGCUCACGCGGAAGCUAGGAAAUCACCCGCGUUAGAUGGAAAAGUAGAAAGAGAUAGGGAAGGGAAGGAAAUUCGAUACCCGGUGAUAUUAAAUAACGCGGAGAAGCUGAUUUCGAGAAAAGUGUGCCUCGCUUUUAAACAAGCAGUUUGCGGAUUCGAUUUGUUGAGGGCUAACGGAAAGUCUUACGUAUGUGACGUAAAUGGAUUUAGUUUCGUCAAAAACUCGAAUAAGUACUACGACGAUUCCGCUAAGAUAUUAGGAAACAUGAUAUUAAGAGAGUUAGCUCCGACGUUACACAUCCCGUGGUCUGUACCCUUUCAGCUCGACGAUCCCCCAAUAGUUCCCACCACGUUUGGUAAAAUGAUGGAGUUGAGAUGCGUCACCGCCGUAAUUAGGCACGGCGAUAGGACUCCCAAACAGAAAAUGAAAGUUGAAGUUCGUCAUCCAAAAUUUUUUGAAAUUUUCGAAAAGUACGAUGGAUAUAAACACGGUCAUGUGAAAUUGAAAAGGCCGAAGCAGUUACAGGAAAUAUUGGACAUUGCGAGGUCACUUCUAUCCGAAAUUCAGCAUCACGAGGCUGAUCCCGAAAUAGAAGAGAAGCAGGGAAAACUAGAACAAUUGAAAGCGGUUUUGGAAAUGUACGGCCAUUUCUCCGGUAUAAAUAGGAAGGUUCAAAUGAAAUAUCAGCCGAAGGGUAGGCCGAGAGGAUCGAGCUCCGACGAUGUAGAUAAACCUGCCGAACCGUCUUUGGUGUUAAUUUUGAAAUGGGGGGGCGAACUGACUCCGGCAGGUAGAAUACAAGCAGAAGAAUUGGGUCGGAUCUUUCGCUGCAUGUAUCCAGGAGGACAAGGUAGACAUUUUGCCGGGGAAUAUGCAGGAGCCCAAGGACUCGGCUUGCUACGGCUGCAUUCGACGUUUCGACACGACUUGAAAAUUUACGCGUCUGACGAGGGAAGGGUACAAAUGACCGCCGCCGCAUUCGCCAAAGGUUUGCUCGCGUUAGAAGGCGAACUGACGCCCAUUUUGGUGCAAAUGGUGAAAAGCGCUAAUACCAACGGCCUGUUAGACAACGACUGCGACAGCAGUAAAUAUCAAAACAUGUGCAAGACUAGACUUCAUGAUAUGUUACAAGUCGACAGGGAUUUUACGCAAUCGGAUAGAGAUAAAAUUAAUCCGUGCAAUUCCGUUAGUAUAAACGAAGCGAUAGAUUUCGUGAAAAAUCCUUACAAAUGCUGUGUUCAUAUUCAUAAUUUGAUUAAAUCGUUGAUGGAGAUUGUUCAAAUUAAAAAGGAUGACACUAAAACGAAGGAAGCAAUUUUGUAUCACGGGGAAACUUGGGAGCUGAUGCAUCGAAGAUGGGGCAAAAUAGAAAAAGAUUUCUAUAUGAAAAACAAGACUUUCGACAUAAGCAAGAUUCCGGACAUUUACGAUUGUAUUAAAUACGACCUACAACACAACCAACAUACUUUACAAUUUGAACAAGCGGAGGAGCUGUAUAUCUACGCGAAAAAUUUAGCGGAUAUCGUCAUUCCCCAGGAAUACGGUUUAACUGCGCAGGAAAAAUUAACGAUCGGUCAGGGAAUCUGCACUCCUCUGUUGAAAAAAAUUAAGGCGGACUUGCAGAGGAAUAUAGAAGAGUCAGGAGAAGAAUCCGAAUCUGUCAAUCGUCUAAACCCGAGAUAUUCGCACGGCGUUUCGAGUCCGGGGAGACACGUGCGUACAAGGCUUUAUUUUACAAGCGAAAGUCACAUCCAUUCUCUCCUUACUGUUUUGAGGCUCGGCGGUUUACUUGAUGUCACCAAAGAUGAACAGUGGCGGCGCGCCAUGGAAUACGUCUCGAUGGUUUCAGAAUUAAAUUACAUGUCGCAAAUAGUGAUAAUGCUCUAUGAAGACCCUACCAAAGAUCCGUGCAGCGAAGAAAGGUUCCAUAUAGAAUUACACUUUAGUCCCGGCGUUAACUGUUGUGUACAGAAAAAUCUUCCACCUGGACCCGGUUUCAGACCCCAUUCGCGUAACGAGUCUACAGCUAGCAAAACUUCUAGUCAAAAUACUUCUUCAACGGCAACACCCGAGGACGGCAAGGGGCAACCUAGAAUAGAAGAGGAAGUAGAAAACUCCACGUUUGAAGACGAAAGGCUCGUAAUAGAUUCACCAAAGGCUAUAGAUUCCCCCACCUACAUUUCUCCUGAAACAUCUCCCGAAAUUUCUACUACGUUUCUCGCAAUUAACAAAAGACAGUUGAAAACAAGUUCACCUAUUCCUAUAGGAAGUGCCCACACUGUCAGUGGUCACGAAGCUUUUCAUUUGGCAAAGUGUUUAACUGAGGAAUUGGCCAACCAAGCCACGCAACAAGCCCGAAACUUCGGAAAUCGAAAACCAAGCCCAGAUUCCGAACCGAGAUCGAGGAGCUACGACCAUAAAAGUCCCCAGAAGAGCGGAAAAGAUGAAAAAUUACAUCAAAGUCUGGACGCAGUUAACAGCUCAGCACUAAUCGAUACCGAUCUUUGUCAGAUUUCCAUUAACCCUCCCAAAACCCUACCCGUUCAAACAGUUAAUCCGCAAAAUUUCAAUAUUUUAAACUCGAAGAAGUAUUAUUUUCGAUCGAUUAAGGAGAAUUUGACUCCCAUAUCUGGGUCGCUCGAUAUCGAUUCAUCGAACGAAAUCGAGUCAAACGAAAAUGACCACGUGUCGCUUUCCAGACCUCUCAGCGCCACAAACGAGUUACCCUUGACAGAACUAAACUUGGCGAUUUUCACUUCGGAACUCGAAUUUAAACAUUCUUGCGAGAAAAAUAGCACGAAUGAACUACCUUUGUCGGCCAUUAAAUUCAAAAGCAGGUCUUGCAAACUGCUGAAACAAGACAGUCAAAACGACAACGUUUCCCUGGAAGCUAAUUUUGACACCGACAUCAAAGAUUGCGAUGGCGAUAAAAGAUCCGUUUUGUUUCGGCGUUCCUUUUCCGACCCUAACAUUCUUGAAAAUGAGUGGAUUAACUGCGCGAGCAAACGUUUCCUCAUGGAAAAAUAUAACGACAGCCUUAAACGCGAGCCCAACAGACUCUCGCCCGCCGAAGUAUCCCGCAUACCUUAUAGCUUUUAUCCCGAGCACGAUCCCGACGUUUCAUGUGUGCUUUGCGUCCCCCGUCGCCCCGCGAACCUCUUGUCCUUUUUCACAUCGUCGAGACGUGCGGCACGGUCGUUCUCGCACCCCACCGAUCCUCCUCGUGUCGCCACCAACCCUUGCGUGUCCUGUUCAGAGUGCGGCCAGACCGUCAAACGCCAUCGUCACAGUAUUGCCGGGCAGAUGAGCUACUUUAAGAUGUUGGGAUUCAGUUGCGGCGGCCCGGCCGGCUUAAAGAAACUCGUAGGGAGCAGCACGAACAGCCUGUUCUCGACGGCGGUGAUUUCGGGAAGUUCCAGCGCUCCCAAUCUCCGUGAUAUCAUUUCGAAUACGGGGAGCGCGUCAGCAAUUGAAGGUUUUGGUGGCGUUCCACCAAUUAGACCCUUGGAGACGUUACACAACGCUCUUUCGCUAAAGCAGAUAGACAUGUUUUUGGAUCGUAUGACCACCACUCCACUGUAUCGUACUCCUUCGUCGACACCGCCGAAAAAUCCGUCAACGCCGUUGCCUACACCUACGAGCAGUUCAACGGGAUAUGCUUUGUCAUCUUUGCGAUGCGAAUCCCAAAAACUACAAUCACCUUGUAACAGUAUCGGCUGGAGUGGUCCGCCAAGUUUCGUAUCGAGUAGCGGACCCUCGUCGCCCGGUCUGUCGGAUCCAAAUUCCAAAGAAAGUAGCGAAAUGUCGUCGAGCAUCAUAAGUACUGACGGAAUGAAUUUGGACGAUCUGUCAAAAAUUUUUCCCACCGUUCCUGGAUUAGAUAAGGAAUUGGACGCAAUUGGAAUCUCUUUGAACAACCUUGACAAAGACAUAUCGGGGUCCAUGGAGUUUUCAGAAUAUUACGCCAAUUUCGGUAAACCUCAAGGCGAUAGUGGUGAAAUCACGCCCAUCUCCUGCGGCUCCGAAUUUGAUUUUAAUACGAACGAUGCGACCGCCGGAUCAUCCUCAUCCGCUCCGGAAUACGAUCUUACCGUAACGGAAGAUAUCGAAAAAGACGACUUUGUCGACAAUAACGAAACGAUAACCUGCGAAAGUUUUAAACCUCUUCAAAAAGUUUUGAAAUGCGCGUUUCUAGAAAACAACUUGGGACUUUAUCGAAAUUCGGUUUGUCCUAAAAUAAUGUCGAGUUUGUCGUCAAAUGUCAACGUAUGCACGAACGAUCUAACUAAAAUGGAUUUAUAUAAUCUGAAACCGGUCGAUAAUAGUGUAAGAGCACAGUGUUCAUCCAGUAGCGGCACCGACGGUAACAAGAUCGAUAUCGGCGAUUUGAUAAAAGACUUCGGAAUUUUCGAAAAGGAUCAGUCUAGCGCCAACGUGAACGUAUCGAACGCGACCUAUUUAAAGUGGAAAACUAACAAAGAGAAGUUUAUGGACAAAAGUUUGGAAAGUAAAACCGAUAACAUAGAUUUCGGCAAAAAUCUAAAUACGGGUCGGACCAAAAACAUUGAAAAAGAUAACGAAUUGCUUACGAAACUCACUCCUGGAGCUACGGUGGUUAAGGAAAGUUAUAUCGAGCCUCCGAAAAUAGGUAGGGUAUCAAAAAGUUACCAUGGAAAGUCCGCGGCAACUGGAAGUUACAUAUAUGCGACAAAUACGAUUAGGCGAGCUAGUGAUAGUGAAUCGCUGACUGGUAAAAUGUCCAAAGAAUCUCAAAAUGAAUCGAAAUUUAAAGAUGGAAACGAAAUUUUUAGAAGCAAACCUCAAUUUAUGACUCAAAGGUCCCAGCCUUGUGACGACAGUUUUAGAAUAACAAAUAGUUUUAGGAAAACUUCUUUAACAGAGGGGGUUUCUAGGAAUGCUAGAUUUACAACUACAAGAGUAGAUGAAGCAGAACAUGCCGCUUCAGUUGGCCUUCCUUGGAUUCCUUCUACUAUCGUUAACUCACAGGUGGAAGAAAACAAGAGAAACGACGAAGAGGAAAAUGAGUAGGAAUCAAUUAGCAAAUUUAUUGUCCUUUUCCAUUAGUAUUUUGAAAGCUGUAUUUUCGAAACAGUAUUCUGAAGGUAUUUUUAUUUUUUAAUUUCAAUUCUUAACUUGCAAUUGUUUCUGAUGCUUUUUAAAACCAUGUACUAUCAUUGAUAAAAAUAAAUGAACAAGAGAGGAUAGUCAGUACUUUUAUAAAAUACAAUUAAUGUAACGUAUGUUGAGCGGAUUUCUAACGAAUGCAUUUCAGACUAAAACGAAUACCAAGAAUGACCGACCUAAAAAGUUAUGAGUUUAACCAAAAAUAA